UCGUCAUUCGUCACGAUACCAUAAACCUGCCCUCUUUCAUCUGCUCGCAUCCAUAGCGACCUUAUCUAUCGUGAUCACCAGGCGCAUUACACAGAGUUAUCAGCUAAAAUGGGUGGAGAAGGAUGGCUGUUUCUAUUCGCCGUGUUGAUGGCUGCCGUGCUGUUAUUCACCAUGGUGUUCUUUAUCAUCAUGUUCUCUGAUUUGGAGUGCGACUACAUCAACCCUAUCGAUCUAUGUAACAAGCUCAACCAGUUUGUCCUGCCUGAAAUGAUCGCCCAUGCCUUCCUCACUCUGCUUUUCUUGCUCUCGGGUCAAUGGCUCGCUUUCAUACUCAAUGCUCCGCUGGUCGCAUUCAACGUCAAUAAGAUCAUGUCCAAAAAUCACAUGUACGAUGCGACCGAGAUCUUCCGUACGUUGUCAGGGCACAAGAAGGAGAGUUUCAUCAAGUUGGGAUUCUACCUCGUCUCCUUCUUCUACUACCUCUACCGAAUGAUUCUUGCCCUUAUUUCCGGUACGUCGUUAAGAUGGCUCAUAUCUCUGUGGUCAACACUGACAGCCUCUAGAGAGUGAUUAAAGUCCCGACUAUGUGAUCUGAGCUCGGCGCGAAUGGCGAACGAGACGCUGAAGCAGAGGAGGAGGAGGAGGAGGAAGGAGGGAGAGCACAGCGCACGAGUUUCGAUGCAAAGUUUAGAGGUCUGAAGGAG